AGCACUAUUGCCUUCUCCCAUUACUGCUGUACAAGACUGGUUUGCUUUAUUGGAACUCAUUAAGGUAGUUCUUAAAACAGAUGACUAUUCACUUCCAAAAUGUUUAUUCCUCACUGUUAUGAGUGCACGUUCUUAGAAAUUUAUGUGAUGACCUCUAAAUUAGAAUUUGGUUUAAACUUUCCUGUUAUCUAUUUAGUACAAUAGGAUUUCACUGCUGCUGAAAGCACUCCUGUGUCUUCAGACUGCAGGCACUGGUUUUGAAAUUAGGAUAAAUGCCCUCUCUGAAGAAUAUACUCACAUAUAUAUAUAUGUGCCAAAACAAGCAAAAGUAUUUUCUUCCCCCUUCAGAAUUUCACAGUAGUAACUGAAAAUUCUUCGUUUUAACUGCUUGUUUCUGGGUGCUCUUUUUAUCAGCAUAUUAUUCUUAAAUCUGGAAAUGUGUUCUUAAGUGAAGUCCCCAAGAAAGAUGUUCAUAUUAUUUUGAUAUUUCACCUAAUGAAGAGUCACAACAGAGGUAUACAUAAUGUCUAAAAAGCUGUGUUGUGUGGGGAAAAAUUAGAAAAGACUUCAGUAGGAAAAAAGGAAAGACAGAAGAAUUACAAACACAUAGGUUACUUUGUGUGCUUUUGAAGGGUAGCAGUACAGAAGAAAUCAGAGGAAAAGAAAUUUUUUUUAAAUGUUACAGAUAAAAUGGAAGGUGAGUGAUUUGAUAUUGUUAUGGACUCUGUAAUGCCGUGGGUUCACUGGAUGAUACUUGAGUAGUGAUUGGGUGGGAAGCUCCAUCAUUCUGUUUAAUCCAGCUCCUGUUAUCUCUGCCCUAGUGGCUAAUGGAGGAUCACAGAGGCUAUCCCUGCUCUUAGGCAUUGCAAGUUGAAUAUGUGGAUAGGAAAUUGAAUGUGUCUAUCUUCUUUUGCUGUAGGCACUGUUAUAGUGAGACUGCUGAAGACAUCUUCUUUCAGGUUCAGGCUUCUAUGAGUACUUCUACAGAGAUCAGCACUUGAUUUUGUCAGUUAUAAAGCUUCCUGGUUAGGAAUUAAUUUGUGUGUCAUCUUUAUGCAUAUAUGUGAGAUACAUUUUGAAAUGAUAGUAUUUACAAUUAUUAUAAAGGAACAUUUGUUUCUUUGAUACUAACCCUUUAUUUAUCAAGAUCAUCCUUCGGAUGAAAUUGACUUUGCAUGUGAAGAGCCAUUCUCAUAUCUCUGAUUUUUCUGGCUAAAAUGUGGUUGAUUUCCUUCCAAGAAUUUGUGGCAUUUGAGUCUGUUUUGUGUACUCCAGAUGCAAUAUUCAUUGUUGCUUUUCAGUUAUUUGACAGGAAUGGCAAUGGAGAAGUAACAUUUGCAAAUGUCAAAGAAAUAUUUGAACAAACCCUUAUUCAUCUUCAAAUCCCAUUCAACUGGGACUGUGAGUUUAUUCGACUGCAUUUUGGACAUAACAGGAAGAAGCAUCUUAACUAUGCAGAGUUCACUCAGUUUCUUCAGGAGCUGCAGUCAGAACAUGCAAGACAAGCCUUUGCACUGAAGGACAAAAAUAAAAGUGGUGUGAUAACUGGGCUGGACUUCAAUGAGAUCAUGGUUACUAUUCGCUCCCAUAUGCUAACUCCAUUUGUGGAAGAAAAUUUAGUUUCAGUAGCUGGUGGAACUGUAUCACAUCAGGUCAGCUUCUCCUUUUUCAAUGCAUUUAAUGCCCUUUUGAAUAACAUGGAUCUUGUUAGGAAGAUAUACAGUAAUAUAGCAGGUACAAGAAGAGAUGUUGAAGUCACAAAAGAGGAAUUUACACACUCUGCAAUCCACUUUGGACAAAUUACACCACUGGAAAUAGAUAUUCUCUACCAACUUACAGACUUAUACAGUGUUACUGGGCGCUUAACUUUGGCAGAUAUUGAGAGAAUAGCACCACUGGCUGAAGGUGCAUUACCUUACAACCUGGCUGAGCUCCAAAGGCAGCAAUCUUUUGGAGAAAUAGGCAGACCUAUUUGGCUUCAGAUAGCUGAGUCAGCUUACAGGUUCACUUUAGGCUCAGUUGCUGGAGCUGUUGGUGCUACUGCAGUAUAUCCCAUAGACCUGGUGAAAACUCGUAUGCAGAAUCAGCGCACCACAGGUUCAGUCGUAGGAGAGUUGAUGUAUAAAAACAGCUUUGACUGCUUUAAAAAGGUUUUGCGUUUUGAAGGCUUUUUUGGUCUUUACAGAGGCUUGUUACCACAGCUGAUAGGUGUUGCUCCAGAAAAGGCUAUUAAGCUAACUGUUAAUGACUUUGUCAGAGACAAAUUUACUAAGAAAGAUGGUUCCAUUCCAUUCCCUGCAGAGGUCCUUGCUGGAGGCUGUGCAGGAGGUUCCCAGGUCAUCUUCACUAAUCCUCUGGAGAUUGUAAAGAUUCGGUUGCAGGUAGCAGGAGAAAUUACUACAGGACCCAGAGUCAGUGCCCUCUCUGUUAUAAAAGAUUUGGGCUUUCUUGGUCUUUAUAAGGGUGCCAAAGCAUGUUUCCUCAGAGACAUUCCCUUUUCUGCAAUCUACUUUCCGGUUUAUGCUCAUAGUAAAAUGAUGUUUGCUGAUGAAAGUGGCCAUGUGGGAGGGCUUAAUCUCCUUGCAGCUGGAGCCAUUGCAGGUGUGCCUGCUGCUUCUUUGGUAACCCCUGCUGAUGUCAUCAAGACAAGACUGCAAGUGGCAGCUCGCGCUGGUCAGACAACAUACAGUGGAGUUAUUGACUGCUUCAGAAAGAUUCUAAGGGAAGAAGGCCCUUCAGCUUUAUGGAAGGGAGCUGGAGCUCGCGUGUUCAGAUCUUCACCCCAGUUUGGUGUUACUUUGGUCACUUAUGAGCUUCUGCAGAGAUGGUUGUAUGUUGAUUUUGGAGGCCUGAAACCUGCUGGAUCAGAAUCUACUCCAAAAACACGGAUUUCAGAUCUUCCUCCUGUUAAUCCUGCACAUAUAGGAGGAUACAGACUUGCUACAGCUACAUUUGCUGGUAUAGAAAAUAAAUUUGGUUUAUAUCUUCCAAAGUUUCGAGCUCCUGCUACCACUUCAGCUCAAGCACACAGUAGCAGCUGAGUCCUGAAAAGAUGUUUCAAAUGAACAAAGUUGAUGCCGUGGAAAGAGUUCACAAGAGUACUGCUGUAUUUUUUUCCAGUCAGCUGCAUGUGUUCUAGCUGAACUGAGCUUGCAAAUAUAAUUGCUCCUUUCAAAUAUUCAUACAUACCUGCAUUUAUUUAUUUACACACAAGGAACUGAUUGAAGCUGUGGUUCUCUGCCUUGUUUUAACCAGUGGCAUGAAGCUGUAACCUAGACUUUGCCUUGCACAGCUUGCAUUUAAUGUUACUGUACAUAUUGUACAUCUUUGUACAGAGACAUCAGGGCAUCUAUACACGUACAUUUAUAUAAUGGGUAUUGCAGUUCAAAAUAGUUUGAAAUGUACAGAUGUUUUGAAGGUGUUUUGUUAACAAUCGUGACAAUAAAAUGUUUCAAAACA